UAUCACCACACCUACUCCGAGACUAAGUUGGCAAGAAAGAAAAAAAAGCCCCACCUCUGCUCCUCUGCUUUAUAUUCCAUCCAGCAGACAACAAAGCUAUUACUGUCACUUUGUACUUCACCUGGUGGAUGUGCUUCCCGCUGAGCGCAGGAGGAAGAAGACGAUCUAGAGGAGAAUGACACAAGCACUUGAAAUCGCCUACUGCAAUUUGCAGAGCCAAAGAAAUAACGCUCUGCAUUACACCGCGGAAAUCAGCGACAGCCGCCUCAUUGUUCGGAGAGGGCAGCCAUUUUUAAUUGCCUUAGAAUUCAAGGACAGGGACUUUCAGGAGGGAACAGAUAACAUUGUCUUCGCGGUGGAAACUGGACCGUGGCCGGAUGAACCUUCUGGGACUAAAGCAGUGUUCCCCUUAAGAAAGGCUUUAAUAAGGAAGGCAUGGAGCGCAGCGGUGGAAAGCAGGGGACCCAAAUCCUUGGGGGUGGUCAUCAUGCCUUCUUCUAAUGCUAUCAUUGGCCAAUAUACGCUGAAGGUCCAAAUCGCCAAAGGGAACAAAUACACCAACUAUAAGCUGGGGACAUUUGUGCUACUGUUCAAUCCAUGGUGUGCAGAUGAUGAUGUGUUUCUGGACAAUAGAGCCGCUCUACAAGAAUAUGUCAUGAAUGACUAUGGAUUUGUGUACCAGGGCAACCACAACUGGAUCACUCCCUGCCCAUGGAACUACGGCCAGUUUGAAGACGACAUCGUUGAUAUCAGCCUAAGGCUCCUGGACAAGAAUCUGAAUUAUCUACAAGAUGCCUUUAAGGAUUUAUCUCACAGAGACAGCCCCGUGUAUAUAAGCAGAGUAGUGUGCGCCAUGAUCAACUCUAAUGACGAUUCUGGGGUCCUGCAAGGAAAUUGGAGCGAAGAUUAUAAAAGCGGAGUCUGUCCGUCUGCAUGGAAUGGGAGUACUGCGAUUUUAAGAAAAUGGUACAAAAGGGAUUGCGAGCCUGUUCGAUAUGGCCAGUGCUGGGUCUUUGCCGCUGUGAUGUGCACAGUGAUGAGAUGCUUAGGAAUCCCAACUCGUGUUGUCUCCAACUUUGAUUCUGCUCACGACACCAAUAACAAUCUGAUCAUUGAUGAGUAUUAUGACACAACGGGAAAGAAACUACCUAAGGAAAGCCAUGACAGCAUCUGGAAUUUCCAUGUAUGGUGUGAAUGCUGGAUGGCAAGAAAAGACCUACCCCCAGGCUAUGGAGGGUGGCAAGUCCUAGAUCCAACCCCACAGGAAACAAGCAAUGGAAUCUAUUGUUGUGGCCCCGCCUCCGUGAAGGCCAUAAAAGAAGGAGAGGUGCACCUCAACUACGACUGUCCCUUUGUGUUUUCCAUGGUGAAUGCCGACUGUGUGUCAUGGACGAUAUAUGGCACCAACAAAGAAAAAUUGUUCUGUGACCCACAUUUGAUUGGAAAUCGCAUCAGUACAAAGAGUGUGGGGACGGAUGAUCGAGAAGAUAUCACUCACACCUAUAAGUAUGAUGAAGGAACGACGGAAGAACGGAAGGUUUUCCGGAAAGCUUUGCAAAGACUAAGGGGAAGAGGCAUAACGUUACCUUCAAACGGCGUCCCAUACAGUAGCAUGGCCAAUGGGUUUUCAUCUAAUGGAGUACCGUCACCGGAACACGAGCCAGAACUUGAUUCUGAUAAACUAAACCACCCACUUAAAGAUGCUAAACUGGUGAUGAAGUUUCAGCUGACAGAGUCUCCACAGCUCGGACAAACCAUCCGCUUGGCUUUGAUGUCUGUCAAUCUGCUCUCUGUUCCCAAGACAUUAAAGCUCAGCUUUAGUGCACAGUCCUUGAAGCACACCGGGAAACCAGGAAUCCAGUUCUGGAAGGACUCUAAGUACAUCGAGCUCGAGCCUAAAGAAGAGAAAUGGCUCCUGAUGCACAUCCCAUACUCAAAAUAUGGAAAGUACCUCGAGGAGAACAACCUGUUAAGAGUGACGGCCGUGGGAGAACAGAACGUUACCUGGGAGAAAGUUCUGGUCGAAAAGGACAUCAACCUCGCAAUGCCACAAAUUGGGAUUAAUCCUAAGGGAUCUGCGAGAGUAAACCAGCCGUGCAAAGUCCAACUCACCUUCUCCAAUCCCCUUAAUGAAGUAGUAAACGACUGUCUGACGCUCAUAGAGGGCAGCGGACUCCUGAAGAACCAGAUGAAAAUACUGGUGGGCACCAUGGAGGCAAAAGAACGAUCCGUCCUGGAGAUUGAACUGGUUCCAUACAAAGUCGGCCUGAAACAGCUUCAAGUCAACUUCAGCAGCAACAAGUUCCAAGACAUUAAAGGCCACCGGACCAUUGUGAAAAAUAUCAAUGCAAAGAAAGAAAAUACAUCCCUCCCGCUUCCUAAUAUGUCACGUCAGGAGAUUCCCCGUGACGCAGCUAUGAGCGCUACUCCACCUAGACAUGCUCACAGCAGUCACCGCACAAGACAAGAAGCGGCUGUAGUCACUGAUAACAUGGUGUGUGGGACAGAUAAGGGGAUACUCCAACCUCUAGGGAUGCCACAACGCAAACAGUCAACUGCUGAGCUGCAUAUAGGAAACAUGAAGCAAGAUCUGCCCAUAAGAUGUGACCUUCAAGUGUCUCAAAACAAUACAAGCCAUCGGACCAUCUCCCUCAGUCAGGAGACUCGUCUUUACCUGAGACGGGGGCAAGAAUUCACCAUUGGUUUGAAGUUUCGGGAUAAAACAUUACGACAGAAGGAUUUGGGCCAAUUCUCUCUCAUCACGACAACAGGACCAAACCCUUCUAAGCUGAAUAGGACCAAAACCACUUUUCCAGUAAGCAGCCUCGGUAACAGGAAAACAUGGAGCGCCAGAGUUGUUGACUACAUCCGGGGCACAUGGAAAGUAGCAGUCACCUCCCCAGCUGAUGCCAUCAUUGGACAUUACUCUUUGUUGAUCAAACUUAACAAUGGAUUUACCCAAGACCUGGGGGAAUUCAUGAUGCUCUUCAAUCCAUGGAGUGAAGAUGAUCAGGUCUACCUUUGUAAUGAAGCAGAAAGACGUGAGUUUGUUCUCAGUGAGGACGGCAUCAUCUACCUGGGCACAGAGAGUGCUGCUCAGCCUCAUCCCUGGCACUUUGGGCAAUUUGAGGAAGACAUUCCCAAUAUAUGUCUUAAGUUUCUGGACAUGAGUCCACGUUAUCAGAAGGAGCCGGAAAGUAACUAUGUGAAGAGAAAUGACCCGGUUUACAUUAUCCGAGAGAUUGGUGACAUGAUUGGUAGGUGGGAUGAGACAGACAGAGUGAAUUUCAUGUGCGAGAAUGGAAGACCAUCCUAUACGCUGGUCAGCAGUGUCCCCAUUCUGCACCAAUGGCUCAAAAGCCAAACUGAGACCGCCUAUGGCCAUCACUGGGUUUUUGCCGCUUUACUCUGCACAGCGUUACGGUGUCUCGGGAUUCCCACUCGGGUUGUCACAAACUACAACUCUGCCUACGACACGGACCGGACUCUGCAGAAAGAUAUAUAUUAUGAUAAGAAUGGAGCUCGGAUUCACCGAUCAAGGAAUGACAGUAUAUGGCAUUUCAAUGUAUGGAAUGAGUGCUGGAUGGAAAGAACUGAUCUCCGUAGAGAAUAUAGCGGAUGGCAGGUUCUUGAUGCAACGGCACAGCUAAAAUACAGUGGAGAACUGUAUUGUAGCGGUCCGGCCCCAGUAAGAGCCGUCAAAUCGGGUGACGUGGGACUGACCUACGACACCAACCUCAUCUUCUCCAAGAUACACACGGACACCGUAGUCUCCAUACGAGAUUCUAUAGGAUGUUUUAGAAGGGCUUAUAGCCUGAUCAGAUACGUUGGGGAUGCGAUCAGCACAAAGAGCGUCCGAAGCGACGCCCAAGAUGACAUCACUCUAGACUACAAGUACGCAAAAGGUUCUAAAGAGGAACAUGAAGCUCUAGAGAGAGUCAAGCAGCUGAUGCUUCCAAGUGAGCAGGACACCGAUCACAACCUGGAGGCCCUAAGCCCAAUUGUAGUGUCCAUUACCUCCAAGAAUAAACAGCCGUACGGGGAAGACAUUGGUCUCAGCGCAACCGUGAGCAACGUGGGCGAAGAGGAGAAGGAUCUGGAGCUGGUGCUCGGUGCCCAGUCCGUACAUGACUAUGGCAUCACACGGGCACAGUUCUGGAGUCAGAAGUUUCAUUUCCAUCUCCUCCCAGGGGAAGCAAUAAGAGUUUCCGGAAGAAUGAACUUCUCCGCGUACAAGGAAGAACUGCUGGACAAUAACCUGAUGAGAAUUACGGCUCUCCUGAAAGAACCGCAACAUGAAGAUGGCCGCUAUGCCCUGGCGGAUGACGAUGUCACCAUCUAUAAACCAUCCCUGGCCAUUCAAAUGCCAAUGGUAGCCCUGCAGUUUCAGCCAAUAACGGCAAUGGUGGCUUUAUCCAACCCCCUGAAGAAGACUCUGAAACAAUGUGAAAUCAGAACAUCGGGUAAAGGACUGAUACACGGAGAGAAAGUCUACAGGUGCAAAGAUGUGUUACCAGGAGGCAACCUACUCUACCCACUGACCUUCAUGCCAACACAAGUCGGUGAGCGGAGGCUCUAUGUACAGGUCCGGAGUGACAAGCUCGGGGUCAUCCAUGGAUUCCAAGGCCUAGAAGUUUUAUCCAGUGAUGUUCAAGAAUGGGCCACACACCAUUGGGAAGAAUUCCAGAAAUAUACAGAAGGCAAUGCCAGGAAUGACCCCUUCCCUUCUCUCACCAUCCAAACGAUGGAUACAGUAUUAUUUGGGCAGGAUAUCCCGAUCACCAUGAAGGUGCCCAACGAUAGCCAGAUAAAGAAGAACGUGUGCGUGUUUCUUUGUGCUCAAUAUCUGGACGACAAUGGGAACGGCUGCCCAUACUUUUGGAAGGAACAGUCGGAAUUGUCUCUACAGGAAAAUAAAGAUAACAUUGUGAAAGCUCAGAUUCAUCCCAUGGAUUAUGCCGUCUCGCCAUCGGAAACCAACGAAAUUCGGCUAAUAGGUCUUGUUAAAGAUGUGGCCGACACACGUUGUAUUAGCAAGAAGCUGGUCAUGCUCAAACCCAAAGUUGUGAUCCAGGUACCAGAGGAGGCGCUACAGUACCAGCUCCUCACUGUCACAGUCAGUAUCACAAACCCAUUGGAGGAGAAACUAGAGAGCUGCGUCAUAACAGUAUCUGGAGAAGGCCUCAUCCAUAAGGAAAGGUCAUAUAGCUUUGAUAGUAUUGACCCAAAUACAACAGAACGACGCACCAUCACCUUUUCGCCCAGCCGAAGCGGUACCCGAAAACUACACGUCGGAUUCCACUGCACCCAGUUUCGUGGCGUGAGAAGCAGCCACGGUAUAGACGUUCUGCCGGCUGAUAUUCCUCCAAUAAGGAUGAAGAAAAUGCCAAUAUAGAGAACAUUCCAUAUAAAGGAUCUACAAUAUAGUCCUGGAGCGAAUAUAUGUAGAGUUUACUACAGUCUAUUACAUCCAGGGUGCCUC